AAGAAAAUCCUAAAUCAAAAGAUAGUCCCAAACAAUUACAUAUUAGGGUUGGUUUCUCUCAUCCGGUUAUAUUGGAAAUUCCUCUCAAUAUUCGUUGUCGUUUACCCAGCCCUACGAAAAUUGUUUUGACUGGCACUGACAAACAAGCUGUAACAUUAUUUGCAUCACAAAUCAGAUCGUAUAGAAAACCAGAACCUUAUAAUCAAAAGGGUAUUUUCGUUAAUGAUGAAACAAUCAAAAAGAAGAGUAGUAAAAGGAAAUAA